AUGAGGCCACUAUACAGUUGCGCCCAUGUUGCCACGCGUAAGAGCAGCUACCCGGGGCCUGACUGGGGUGAUCCCGUUGAACCAGUUGAACCUGUUGAAGAGGAGCCGAAAUACACAUCACCAAUCGAGCUCUUCGACACCCCGGACUUCGUAACUGACGCCCGAUCCGCAAUUGUUCUGCAUUGCGCAACCGGUAGAAAUUACUCGGGCGAAGCGGAGUUGCUUCGUGUGAGUGCCGUUGAUUUUUAUUCCGGCGAGGUCCUCAUCGACACUCUGGUCUCACCAUAUGGUAUGUUAUUGCAUACCGACCAACGCAACUCCGGAAUAAGCUCUGCGAUGCUUGACAAUGCCGAGAAGAUUGGCUACAUUUCCGAGGAUCGGAACGCAGUGCGCGAAGCCCUUUUCAAAUUUGUGAACCCUCAGACGACUUUGAUUGUCCAUAAUGGCCAGCAACUCCUGUGGUUGUUAAGAUGGAUCCACCUUCGAAUCAUCGAUGCAUACGAGCUCCAAAAGAGACGAUUCGGAGAAAGAGCCCCCUGGGACUUGAGUCAAUUGACUUCUGAUCUACUAUGUCGUCGAGUAGGACAGAAUAACCGCAACGAUAAUCUCGAAAAUGUCUUUGCUAUUCGAGAUUGUGUCCAUUGGUUUGCUGUCAAUAUGCCAGAAGCUCAUAGGAAAGAGCCAGAGGAGCUCAUCCUCAAGUAUCCCUCACGUCAUCGUACUGAUGAGGAAAGACGGGUGUUCUGGGGACGAUGGCAUCAUGAGUGGCGAUGGUUCGCACGGAUCCAAUGGGAUUGCUUGUGCUAG